AUGACGGCCAAGUAAACAGACUGCAGGUUACGAUCUGUCGGUCUCUCUCCUUCGCGAGGGCGAGGAAGGGCGUUGAGAAGGCGCAGCGUGUGAGCGUGGGACGGGUCAUAAGAAUUCAUCCGCCGCGCUUUAUCUGCUCUCACCCGAUUCCGCUCCCUCAAAACCCUACCGCUUCCGCGUCUCCUCGAUCGCUGUUUCCCCUCGUCUAUUGAGAUUCCGUCGAUCCCCUUCCGUCACUAGGCCGGGCGUUUCACCAUGGUGAGGCCCACGAAGCAGCCGGAUCCUGCUAACAAAAGAGGCGGGCCGGCGGAGUGCGGCCGAGCAGAAAACGGUCGGGAGGAAGGCGAUGCUGGAGUCGCUUCGUCAGCUCAGCAAGGAACGGCGGACCGUCGGGUUCUUCGAUCCCGUUAUUUGGCGGUGAAGCACCUGAUCAGCGAUAAAAGAGAUGACAUUGCGGGAGUCGAUUCUGGAAAUUUCAACUCAAUCAUCACGGAGGUUGAAAGCUUGCACGAACUCGUCCAGAAGCCUAGGGAGCAGGUGGCAGAUGCAGAAGCUCUUUUAGACAUUGCCAACACCUUGGUAACAUCUGUUAAGUCUCAAGCAAAUGAAGGAAUAACCCCUUCAGAUUUCGUAAAUGCUCUUCUAAAGAAACAUGGAGAAGUAAAUGGAGGAGAAAGCACUGGAAAUACUAUCCACUGGUCAAAUCUUGGCUGUAAUGUUGCCUAUAUUUUCAGGAAUGCCUCUGGAUGUUCUACAAUGAUUGGUCCAAUGGGGAAUGAGUUGAAGCAGCGCAAGGCGGUUGUUCAGAGAAAGCGAACAAGACCAACUGAAAGUCGUCAGCCAGAAGAGCUUGCAGAUACUGGAACUGAGGUUAAAACUGAUACCGACAAAAACAUGUCGACCAUGUUUGACAUCCUAAGGAGAAAGAAAAGUGUAAAGCUGGAAAACUUGGUGCUGAAUAGAGAAUCAUUUGCACAGACUGUAGAAAAUAUAUUCGCUUUGUCAUUUCUGGUAAAAGAGGGAAGAGCAGAGAUGACUGUGAAUAGCAACGGCCAACAUAUUAUUUGUAGGCUUUUCUUUGGUGUUUCAGUAUUUCUAUUGGUCUUUUUUAUCCUCUGUGGUGCUUCUCAUGUGCUUCCCCUUCUUUCAUCAGCUCCAAGAAAUGCCCCCGCAGCCUCUGCAGUUGCAUCAGGUGAAGUCUCAUACAGUCAUUUUGUAUUCAGAUUUGACUUCAAGGACUGGAAGCUGAUGAUUGACAAUGUUGCCGUCGGGAAAGAGCUGAUGCCACACAGAAACAACAACAUUGGUGGUGGUGCAAGUACAUCCAACUCUAACAAUGCUGGUGAGGAAUCACAAGCCCCUGCAACACCAAUCAAAAAGCUGACUAGAAAUCGGGGAUUGAUCAUACAAGAAGCCUCCAUUGUCGAUGAAUCACUAGAAACUGCUACUGCAACAAAAAAUGGCAAGAGAAAACAUUUAUUUCUAUAGAGAUAUCUACUGAUGGGGAGUAGCUUAUACUAACUAGAACUGCAUGAAUUGGACCUACUCCUAAUUUAGACUAACCAGAACUUCUUCAGGUGAUUAACCUAGAUAUCCAGAAUGUUUUUAUGUUGGGUGUUAUUGCUCUGAAACUGGAUAUCAUCUACACACACACGUUGCACAUCCCGUGUGCAUUUUAUUUUAUUUUAUUUUUUGGAUUUGAUU